AUGAGGGGCUUUGUGGAUGAUGACUACAAGGUCUUUCCCAAUGAUAAGCAAUUUAUGCCAUCUGCUGUGGUUUUCAUUAAUAUGACCACCUUCAGUCAGGGGCCUCUAAAAGUUUUGAUUGCUCACCCAUGUUUUGUUGCAGAAAUAACUUUGGCUGUCAUCCUGACUCUACUGGGACUUGCCAUUCUGGCUAUUUUAUUAACAAGAUGGACACGGCGCAAGCAAAAUGAAAUUGAUGUCUCAAGAUACAGUUCAGAACAAAGUGCUGGUCUUCUGGACUAUGAGGAUGGUAGAGAUGUUCCCUCUCAGAGAUCUAAAAGAGGAAGAGGAUUCCGGCAUUUGUAUUCAACAGAAAGUGACACUUCAUAUGAUGAACAAGAGGCCAUGCUAAGUGUGGGGUUCGAUGAAGCUCUCACUGAAGGGAGUGACAGAGUGGGCAAAUCAACAAGACAAGAAGAGCCAACACAUGUAGCAGUACCUAUCAUUACUCCAGUACCUGUAGUAAUUGGUCCAGUAGCAGCUGUGGACAGCUCUGGAAAAAUCACACUAUCUCCUAUGGUUAUAUUUCCAGGUUACAUGGAUGCAGAACUUGCAAAAAAAACAGAUUUCAAGGCCAAGAUUCUAAAAAAUGGAGCCACUAUAAAGUCUGAGAGCAGCCAAGAAGAAAACAAGAAAACAUUAAAGAAAGAAAUCAUAGAUUCUGAUGAAUCCUUGACAUCAAGGCAACCAGAGUCAAAAAGCAAAGCAAAAAGCACUGAGUUGGAGAAAGGCAGGAUAGGAAUGGAGGUCAAGGAAACGGAGAGUGACACCAGGAUACUAAAAGAGGAAGACCAAGUAAAGGUGAGUGACUUGGGAAUACCACAAGAACAGGAGGCCCAAGUAGAGAUGAAUGAUACUGGAAUACCACAAGAACAGGAGGACCAAGUAAAGAAGACUGAGUCCGGAAUACCACAGGGACAGGGAUCCCAAGUAAAGAAGAGUGAGUCUGGAAUAAGACAAGGACAGGGAUCUCAAGUAAAGAAGAGUGAGUCUGGAAUAAAACAAGGACAGGGAUCUCAAGUAAAGAAGAGUGAGUCUGGAAUAAAACAAGGACAGGGAUCUCAAGUAAAGAAGAGUGAGUCUGGAAUAAGACAAGGACAGGGAUCUCAAGUAAAGAGUGACACCAGAAUACCAGAAGGACAGGAGUCCCAGGUAGAGAAUAGUGAAGCUGGAAUACCACAAAGACAGGAGUCCCAGGUGGAGAAUAGUGAAGCUGGAAUACCCCAAGGACAGAAGUCCCCAGUAGACAAUAGUGAGUCUGAAUUACCACAAGUUCAAGGGACUCGAGUAAAGAGAGAGAGUUCUGAGGAUCAAGGAAAGCAGGGAGAUGCAAGGAAGAAGACAGAUACAGAAGAAAAUGAUGCUAUGAAGAAAAGUGAUGAAGGAAAGCACGAAGUUAAAGGAAAGAAAAAAUCAGAACUUAAGAGUAAAAAAAAAAGUUCAGUAAGGGCAAAGACAAGUAAGGGAAGAAAGUACAACAAAAAGAUGGAAAGAGUAAGGGCAAAUAAAAUGCAAGCUCAUAAGUCAACUGAUUAUUAUGAUUCCCAUCCUCCAGUUACAAGUCACAACACAGUUAUUGCUUAA